AUGGCCACCAAGUCCCAAAAGAAGAAGAAGCUCUCCGCCCCCAACCCCUCCAUCGACGCCAAGGCCCCCUCCCCCAAACAAAAGCCUACCCCUCAGAAACCCGCGGAGGAGCCAGAGACGGCGGCGGCGGCCGCCAAGAAGCCGAAGCCGAAGAAGCAGAAGGUGGGCAAGGAGGUCUCUGCCAAGAAGCCGAAGGAGGGCAAGCAGGUCUCUGCCAAGAAGCAGAAGGAAAGCAAGGAGGUCUCUGCCAAGAAGCCCAAGAAGCAGAAGGAGAGCAACGAGAUCGACGAGAUCUUCGAGGCCACCAAGAAGCGCAAGCUGCAGGAGGAAGAGGAGGAAGAGUCCGAGGGGGACAAGAAGCCCAGGAAGGGCAAGGCCGAGGGGGCUAGCAAGAAGAAGAGCAAGAAGGAGACUGGGGGCAAAGGCUGGGAGCCCGGCCACGAUGACGAGGUCGAGGAGAAGCGGCCGCGGCGGCGCACCAACGACGGGCUCACCAUAUACUCCGCCGACGAGCUCGGGUUCGGCAAGGCCGACGCCGGCGGCACUGCCCUCUGCCCCUUCGACUGCGACUGCUGCUUCUGA